AUCCCCAUGCUGCUAUAGGGAAUUGGAAUGGGUCAGACAUAGAAUAUAGCCACUGCUGGCUUUCAAUUCAAUCAAACAAUUUAAAAUUCAACAACCAACCAUCAUGUCAUGAUCCAUGAGUUAUAUGUAUUUUUUAAGACCUGAUAUAAGCUAUCUUAUGGACAUUUAAAAGGAGAAUAAAGUUGAAUUUGGGAAGCAUGAUCUGAGACUCUGAGUUGGUAAUAGCCAGCUUCAAUAUUUGAGUUUCUUCUCUUCUAACAUAAAUGGGAAGAGCUCCUUGUUGUUCAAAAGUUGGGUUGCAUAGAGGUCCAUGGACUUCUCGUGAAGAUGCAUUGCUCACCAAAUAUAUUCAAGCUCAUGGUGAAGGCCAAUGGAGAUCACUUCCAAAAAGAGCUGGGCUUCUUAGAUGCGGAAAAAGUUGCAGACUUCGAUGGAUGAACUAUCUUAGACCGGAUAUAAAGAGAGGAAACAUAACUCCAGAUGAAGAUGAUCUCAUUAUAAGAAUGCAUUCACUUCUUGGAAAUAGAUGGUCUCUUAUCGCCGGAAGGUUACCUGGGCGAACAGAUAAUGAGAUAAAGAAUUACUGGAACACACAUCUCGGCAAAAAGCUCAAAAAACAAGAACCAGUAGAGAAGAAGAAGAAUAAAAAGAUGAAGAAGAAUGACAAGAACAAAGUCAUAACCAAAGUACCAGAAGAUUCAGAUAAGAAGACCUUAGUUUAUAUACCAAAGGCUAUAAGGAUCAAGAAGAAUUUAUCAUCUAUAAUACCAAGAACUGAUAAUACCAUAAACUUGGAUUCCAACUCAGUAACAACAAGCCAAGAGGAAGAGCAAAAAGCAGAAACAAAUGAGGGAGACAAUGAUAUAUUUGGAUUGUUCUUUGGUGAACAGUACCAUGAAGACUUGGUCAACAUUAACAGUGAUGACAUGGAAUGCCAAUCUGGUUUUCUUGAGAAGAUGUAUGAAGAGUACUUGCAGCUAUUGAAGAAUGAAGAAAAUCAUGAAAAUUUGUUAGACUCUUUUGCUGAGUCCUUAUUGGCGUGAGUAAUAAUAAAUGUACAACUAAAGACUGAAAAUAUUUUGAGCAAAUGCAAAAAAAUAAUUUUGUCAAGUGUGAUUGUGAUAAACUUACUAUCUGAAAAUGUUUGAAUCUGUUUAGCAUUCUAGAAAAUGAAAUAAAAUUACUAUCUGAAAAUGUUUGAAGCUUAAUUAGCUUUCUCACGUUACUUACAACAAUUACAGUCAUUUUCCAACAAUUAA